GGAUAACUCACAAAGUCAACGGUGCCACCACUAACGGUUCAUUGGACAUUGUGAAAGCUUGCUCUCUUCUGGAUCUAUCCGUGCAGAUGCCUUGCCUUUGCCACACUAUAAAUUGAGGGAUGGACGAGGCCUUUCAGCUGUUAACAGAUUUCUGGGACGUUGCCGCUUUGAUUAUUUCCAGUAGUCCAUGAUGGCUAUGUAUCUGCUGUGUGAGAAGCAGAGGCAGCAAGGCCUAGCCUAGUGUGUCCUCAUCAGAGACAGGGUCCGAUCCUGGGUGUCCACGCUGACUAUGCUCCAGCGCCUGAAAGAGCUGCAGGCCAUUAUCAGUGUGGUACUCAUGGAGGACAGUGACAACCAUCAGCUGAGUUUCAAGGACAGUGAAUGGAACAUGGUUGAGGGAUUGAUUGGAGUUCUGCAACCUUUCAAACGGGUAGCUGACAUGAUAACAGACUGUAGGUAUCUAACCAUUUAGUAUGGUGAGGACAGUUCUUCACAUGCUGCUGAACACAACCCUCAAGGCCAAAGAAGGGGACACAAAAGAGGUUGGCAUGGCCAAAGAGGUAAUCUCCAAGGUGUUGUCCAGCACCUACCCGCAGACAUCUGAGAUUGCAACAUUUCUCAACGUCGGCACUUUCCUGGAUCCCCGUUACAAGAGUCUUCCUUUCCUGUCCCCCCAUGACCACUCCCAAGUGGAGAGUAAAGUCAUUCAGGAGGCCAAAGCCAUUCUUGAGAAACAGAGGAAUGAGAAUGUGGUCACAGAUGAAUUGGCUCUUCUUUCUGAUGAGCCACCCAACAAAAAACAGACUCUUGACAAACCGUUUCCUUCAUGUAGCAAUGCAGGCAACACUUUGGCUGUGAUAUUUUGCCAGUCAGGCAAUGACGAGAACCAAGAGGAGCUACACGCUCAGGUCGUGGAAGAGCUGAGCAACUUCAAAUCCCAGAAGCUCCUGGGUCUCAACGAAGACCCUCUCCAUUGGUGGUCGGACCGUAUGGGCUUAUUCCCUACUCUCCCUAAGGUGCUCCAGAAGUACUGGUGUGUCCCCGCCACUAGUGUCCCCUCCCACAGACUAUUCAGCUCCUCAGGGACUUUCUUCUGUGGUAAGAGGAACUACCUCACCCUGGCACAUGUAGACCAACAGGUGUUUCUCUAUGAAAACUCACGGCGCUGCCAUGAGUCUGAUCCUAUUGAGGAUGACUCAGGGGAAUGGGGCUUGGGACUGGAGCAGGACUCUGGGUCAGACCAUGGAAUAACUGGGCAGGCCGCUGCCCACUACCAAACAGUUACAAUACCCUAAUCCUAAAGGAAAUACUU